GCUCUUCCUCACACAAACCCCCGUCACUCCACCUCACCCCCUCCUCACCUCCCUCAACACCCCCACCCCUCCCGCCGUGGUGGGACGGGACUCCAGCCCUCUCCCACCUCCGGGGAGGGGCUGUUCGGUUCUUCCGCUGCGGCUGAGGCGCUCGGUGCGGCGGCGGCUCCCGGGACAGGGAGAGGGGCAGAGGGAGCCCGUGAGCGGCACCUGCGGCGGCCGAGCGCAGGUCGCUCCGGGCGGGGAGAGGCGACGCCGAACUUUUACCCAAACUUUUUUCGAACUUUUAUCCAAACUUUUUCUCUCCUUGUGUGAGGAGGGGGGAGAAGUUUUUGUUUGGUGGCGAUGGCGAGCGGGGGUUACCGGCCUCCCGGGAACACCACCGACUUCCUGGAGGAAUGGAAGGCCAAGAGGGAGAAGAUGCGAGCCCGGUUUGCCGCCGCUACCGGUGCCAACAGCGCCGGCAACUCCGCCGCUAACGGCGCCGCCAACUCCGCCGAUUCCGGACCCAACCGUAACGGCGGGGCGCCGCCGGUGAGCGAGCUAAACAAUAACAACAACGGCGGCGGCAGCGAACGGGCGGCGGUGCCACCGGGAACGGCGAGCGCCGGCGGCAGGGCGGCUCCUCCGGCAGCGCGGCGCGGCGACGAGGAGGGGAGAAGCGGCGAGGGCGCCGCCAGAAAUUCGGCGGCGGACGGAGGCGAAGCGGAGCCGCCGCCGCCGGUUUCUGCUCCCGCCGCCGCCGCCGCCGCCUCCUCGCCGCCUGCCUGCCCCAAGAGCAAGGAGAAGAAGAGCUCGGGACCGAGCGCCCGCAAGGGCAAGGGGCAGAUUGAGAAGAGGAAGCUGAGGGAGAAGAGGAGGUCCACGGGGGUGGUCAACAUCCCCUCGGCUGAGAGCCCAGACGAGGACAACGACCCUUCAGAACAGAAGCUGCACCAGAGAGAGGAUGCCACCACCCAGCAGAACACCAUCCUGAAUGAGUCCAUUACAUCGGAUACAGGCAGCCCAUAUCCAGAAAGUUCCAGAACUACAAGUCGAUGGAAAAGUUCCAUGGGUGCACCUGAAGAAGAUAUCGCAACGUACUCAACCAAUAGUCGAUACUCUGGUCGAGGAGAGAGGAUGGGUUAUGGUCGCUAUGGAAACUCUGCAAGCUAUGGCGGUUCAUUAGAGAAGAAAUUGGAGGAAUUUGAAAAGGAACUUGCCAAGGAGAGGCAAGAAAAUCAGAAGCUGGUCAAACUGCUACAGGAUCGGGAUGACCUUAUCGGGAAACUGAAGGAAGAAAUCGACCUUCUUAACAGAGAUUUGGACGAAAUCGAGGAUGAGAACGACCAGCUGAAGCAAGAGAACAAGACACUGUUGAAAGUUGUAGGCCAGCUAACCAGGUAGAAGGCUGCCUGCUCCUUCAGCACGUCACUCCGUGUUAGUUUGACUGAUGACAUUGCAUUCCUGGACUUUGCUUUGCAAACGAAACACAAGGGCCAGACUGAGAAUAAGAAGUCCCAAAUUCACACCACCCUCACCUGAGAAUAUUACACACCUUUUAGAAGAACCCCAUCACGUACAGAUGUGUUGAAUUAGGUGCUGUUGACCUUCAAUAGCAGCUGCUGGAUUUUUAAAAAAAUUUCCCGAUGUAUUUCCUGAGAUGAUCUGCAAGAACUUGCACUACAGGGCUGUUUACAAGCAGAUGGAAUUAUGGCUGCAGUCUUGUAAUCUGUGCGAUUCAAGUCCAGUUCAUGCACCCGUGUUGUCCAUUGUGUUUUCUGCUGCGUUCAAAAAUUGUGAGACGUUAGCAUGCUUUGAGUGUGAAAAUUAGAAAAGGUUUGAAAGCAGUGGUUCAAAGAAGUGAGAUAUUGCUGUUGCAAGCAAGCCCUCAUUUUAAAUUAUGGAUAAAACCUCAUACUGUACAACA